CUUCUAUCAUUAUAUAAAUAACCUGACACCAUUGUCCAACGGUUGCAUAGAAUAAAAUUAAUGAAUUCUUAGGUGGCUCUUCGCACCCAAAAUCAUUUUUUUGUGGAGAGCAAGUGGCCCGAUUAGGAAAAAAAUGGCUGGUUUGGUGAUAGUGCGGGCUGGUAAUAAUCCUAACCCAGUAAUUAGUACUAGUGCAGCGGAACUAUAUCCGAAUAGUUAGUUAGGUUCUAGUUCUAUACCGGAAAUGACAGAUAGUGAGAGUGUAAUCUACGAUGUUAAGGAGAAAUUAUGGAAUGGGUUGAUUAAAAUAUGUAUUAAGCUAAAGGAUGAUAAUGAUGAUAAAGAGUUCUUAUUAACUAUCCAUCGAAAUUCAUACUUUUCAUUAUAUUUUGAAACUAUAAUAGCGUAUUUUCGAUUAUUUCAACCGGCAAUAUAUGAAAAACCCGUAUGGUUGGAAUAUGAAGGUGUACCUAUAAAAUGGAACCUACCAGUAGGGUUGUUGUAUGACUUCUUAUACUUCCCCUGUAUAGUGGCGAGUAAGUCUCAGUCUCAAUCUCAGUCUCAGUCUCAGUCUCAGUCUCAGUCUCAGUCUCAGUCUCAGUCUCAGUCUCAGUCUCAAUCACAAUCACAAUCACAAUCUCAAUCACAAUCUCAGCCACUUCCUAAUAAUACAUGGACCUUAUACUUGAAAUAUGAUGAGAAUUAUCCUACAACUGAUUUACUCCCGUUUGUAUAUAAGAAACAAGACAGAUCAAUAGAUUAUAAACGAUUUUCAAGGGAAGUUAUUGUAAAUCAGUUAAAACAAUCAUGUUAUGUAUUGAAUGGUAGUGCUAAGCCUAUAAUGGACUUAUCAGAGAUAGAUUUGAAUCAGCUUUGGAAUGGGAUUGAAACCCAUAAUCUUAUGAUGGUUAAUCUGAUCAAUGGUAAAAUAAUUCCGAAGUAUGAAUAUAGUAAGAUUCCUGUACGAAUACUAAUUUCAGGAUCUUCAACUAUAGUUCAAUCUCCAGUAUUUCCUAAUAAAGAUACUACUAAAGUGACAUUAAAGAAUAUCCUUGUCGAACAAUUGCCUUAUCUUUUUGAUAAUCCCGAUAGUUCCAAUUUUGCUACCCCAUAUAUUCAGGGAAUAGCUGCAAAACUGCUUUAUGAUGUCUCAAUUCAAGAAAUAAUUUCUUGUAUAUUACAAUUAUAA